CUGGAGCUUUUCCUCCUCUCUAAAUUCACCGCCGAUUCCAAAACCAUUAUAAAGAGGGUGAGAAACCUAGGGUUCCGUUCAUAAAACCCUAACCUUUACCGCCGCCACCCCCAGUUUCCGAUGGCGGUUAAUCUGCUGUAUGAAUCAGCUUCAGGCUACGCACUGUUCCAAGCUCACGGCCUCGACCAGAUCGGCCAGAACACCGAGGCCGUUCGGAGCUCCGUUACCGACUUCAACCGGUUCAGCAAGGUGGUCCAGCUCGUCGCUUUCUCCCCAUUUGAGCAGGCCCUCGAUGCCCUCAACCAGAUUAACUCAGUUUCCGAAGGGAUUAUGACUGAUGAGUUGAGGAACUUUUUGGAGCUUAAUCUCCCAAAAGUAAAGGAAGGCAAGAAGCCAAAGUUCAGUUUGGGUGUAUAUGAACCCAAGCUUGGUUCUCACAUAUUUGAAGUUACUAAAAUCCCUUGCCAAAGUAAUGAGUUUGUUCUUGAGUUACUUCGUGGAGUUCGGGCUCAUUUUGAUAGGUUUAUCAAGGACCUUAAGCCCGGUGACUUGGAGAAAGCCCAGCUUGGUCUCAGCCACAGUUACAGCAGGUCUAAGGUCAAGUUUAAUGUUAACCGUGUUGACAAUAUGGUGAUUCAAGCAAUUUUUCUUCUAGAUACCCUUGACAAGGAUGUAAAUUCUUUCUCAAUGAGAGUCAGAGAAUGGUACUCUUGGCAUUUUCCUGAGUUGGUAAAGAUUGUCAAUGACAAUUAUCUCUAUGCUAAACUAGCAAAAACUAUAAGAGAUAAGUCAACUUUGUGUGACGACCAACUUGAAGAAUUAACUGAAAUUGUUGGUGAUGAAGAGAAGGCAAAAGAGAUUAUUGAAGCUGCCAAAGCAUCCAUGGGUCAGGAUUUGUCUGAUGUUGAUAUUCUCAAUGUUCAACAAUUCGCUCAAAAAGUGAUGGACCUAUCUGAGUACAGGAAAAAACUUUAUGACUAUCUGGUCAGCAAGAUGAAUGAUAUUGCACCCAAUUUGGCCUCCUUAAUCGGGGAAGUAGUUGGAGCUCGUUUAAUUUCUCAUGCGGGUAGUCUUACAAACUUGGCUAAAUGCCCUUCUUCUACCCUUCAGAUCCUUGGUGCUGAGAAAGCCCUCUUCAGGGCCUUGAAAACCAAGGGAAACACACCCAAAUAUGGACUGAUAUUCCAUUCAUCUUUCAUCGGACGCGCAUCUGCCCGGAACAAGGGCCGAAUGGCUCGUUAUCUUGCAAACAAGUGUUCUAUUGCUUCACGCAUUGACUGCUUUGCAGAUACUAGCACUACUGCUUUCGGGGAGAAACUUCGCGAACAAGUUGAGGAACGUCUUGACUUUUAUGACAAGGGUGUUGCACCUCGCAAAAAUAUUGAUGUGAUGAAAUCUGCAAUGGAGAGCACUCAAAGCAAAGAUACAGAGAUGGAAACUGAAGAAGUGAUUAUUGAAGCUUCAGAAAAGAAAAGUAAGAAGAAAUCAAAAAGUACAGCUACAGAUAAUGGUGAUGCUAUGACUGAUGAACCAGCUACAAAUGGAGAUGCAACAGAGGGUAAAUCUGAAAAGAAGAAGAAGAAGAAGAAGGACAAGAGGAAAUUGGAUAAUGAAGACGAAGAGAUGGUAGAUGCAAACAAUGCACAUGCUGAGGAAGAUGGAUCAAGCAAGAAGAAGAAGAAGAAGAGUAAACAUGGAGAGGCUGAUGGAGCCGAGUUGGCAAGUGAUGUUAAGAAGAAGAAAAAGAAGAAAUCUAAGAGUGAAGACUCUGAUUAGAUCUGUUGUCGGGAGCUCAAGUCUUGUGGAUAUUAACCUGGCGUAUUCCUCUAUCCGGUUUUUAUUUCAACUGUUUUGUAGUUGUAGAGACGGCUUUGUUAUGUUAUCAAUCUAGCAAUGUCAGAAUGUCUCAAGUCGCCUGCUCUUUAUGUUAGUUAUGAAAUUGUGAUGAACACCAUCAGUAUCUUGUGGAUUUUGCUUAUGGUUAUAAUAUUAGGAUCGUAUUUAUAAUGUUUUAUAGACAA